AUGUUGAUGGAAAUCUUUAGCUGCUUGGUGGGAACAGGGAUUGGGGCCUACAACAGCUCUUCCAUCAAACCUUGCGUGACAGAUACCGUGGCCCUCAUCAAACAGAAGGCAGCACGAGUGGGCGCGUUGCGCAGCUUCAUUCGCAAAUUGGACCGCAGGAUUAAGGACCUCAACACGAGUGCUCACUUGGACGUGAGCGGCAUAUCGCGCGCAUUUGGCACGUCUGGUACGAGCGCGGGUUUUGCGCGUGCCUGCGAUGCGCGCGCGCGUGUGUCAUGUGAGGGUGGGCUUUUACGCGCAAGCUGGUGCAUGCUUGCUUUGGGCGUGUGGGAUUCGAGACGGUAUACCUUUCUGGAGACCCUGAUGAGCCUGAGGCCCUCAGCACACGCUGAGAUCUUGACAGCGAAAGCUGUCAGGUCCAGAAAUCUUGUUCACGGCCGCUUCAAGGAGCUGAAGGCAAAGACAGAGGCGCGUGAGCUUGAAGUUGCGAACCUCAAGGCGGCGCGUGAGCUUGAAGUCAAGAACCUCAAGGAGGCGCAGGCGUAUGAGGUUGAAGUCAAAAAGCUCAUGGAUGCCAACGCAGCUGGUUCGCGGGUGUUGUCCGGGAUGGCAAAGCAGCACAAGAGCACCUUGACGCAGGUCAACCUGACAAAUCAGGUUCAAGUCCAGAAGCUCAAGGAGGCCAAUGCUGCACAGGAGCUGCAAGACCUUCUGGCUGGCGUGGAACCCAACAAGAAGGUCAUCGAGUCCUUAGAGAACAAGCUGACCACUUACUGGAAGGGAGAGGUGGGCCGCUUGAAGCAGCACCUCGCAGAGGUGAAGCGGCAAAAGGCCACUGAUGACCAUCCCCGGCCGGCUAAGAAGCCGAAGAACCAAAAGGACAAGAUUCGCAAAGCCCAGGAAACCGAGCACGGUGCCGCCAGCCAAGCCAAAGCGCAAAAGCAAAGCUGGCAAAGGGAGGAAAGUCCCUCCUGCCUGGGGCUGGCGGCAGCGAUGUCAAACCAGGAGACCCGUCAAGGGCGCCAGCCCGGGCGAAGCGCCAGUCUGAACCGCAGCCAGUGGUCCAUGGGCGCAGAGGAUCGGAUGGAGACCCCCAGCGCCGGCCGGUGUUCACGGCGCCGGACCGAGCAGAGCAUCACGCGGAACCGAAGCCAGUUCACCUUGCACGAGAAGGAGCAUGCCGAGGACCGGGAAGGCGCUUCCAUGCGGCGUGCUGCCAGCGCACUACCACUUCGGAACUCCAGAGGUGAUGAUGCUGCAAGGCCUUUGCGAUCUUCCACAGAGCCAUUCAGGCCGCCACGGCGUAGCUCUGAGGCUAGCACCACGGCCAGCGGCGGUGGUUCCAAAGGUUCGGCGCUGGCCGACUCGGACAAAGGUCUCGGUCCCGAGCAAACGACGGCCAGCGCAGCCAAGAGAGUUGCUGCAGCAUUCGGCCGCCCAGCAGGGCUGGAUGAUUUUCUUCAAAGUGCAAGAAGGCAUCGGCGAGAAGCACCCACACACGAAGCUCAUCGUGGGUUUAGGCCUUCAGCAGAAGACCGGGCUGGAAUUGCCAGCCAUUGCUGGAUUCAGGAGCCAAGGCGCUCGAAGUGGUCUGGCCCACCCCCGCCUCCAAGGGCCAAGAACCGUACGCUUCAACGGGGCACGCAAGCCUUGCCGAGCGGUCCGAUGAGCUUGCGCCAGGAGCAGCCUUCUUCUGCGGAGUAUGGGAAGGUCUACACUCGCCAUGACUGGAACACAGCAGGGGUGCCGAGCCCACACGAGCUGAAUCGAGCCAUUGCAUGUGAAGGGCUCUUUGGGCGUGGAACACAGGCACUCCCACGGGGCCCGAUGUGCUGGGAUGGCACCACUCAUCAUGACUAUGGAAUGAUGUACCGAAAGAUACAGUGA